AUGCUGGAGAUGCAACCGUUUAAACUCUAUCUGUUGAAGAUCGAGAUCGCGAACGUCGUCGUUGUGCAGAUACACCUCUGCGUGCCCAAUAUUGCAUUCUGGAGCUCGCCGCAUGAGCCGCGAGAGCGCGGCGACCUUGAGUCGUUCCGGCGGGCGCUCGACUCGCUGAGAGCGCUCAGGACGGAGGACCGGCCUUCCCCGUCGCUGGCUCGCAAGCUCUCGCCGCGCGGACGGGGAGGAAACUCCUGCCAAGAGCCGUCCUUCCGCCGACUCUUCACGCACCGGACGUGGGAACAAUACACUGGCCAGCCGACGGCGAUGCGGUGGGUGCAGACGCUCACGACAUGGGGCCGCUCCACGAUCUUUCGGGCCGUGGUGCCGUGCGUCGCCUCCGCCGUGGGGUGGGCGACCAUCUUCCUGGUGACUCCCGUCGGGCUCACGCUGCAAGGCACCGCGAUCGGGCUGCUGCUCGUCUUUAGGACAAACAACUCGUACCAGCGGCUGGCCGAGGCGCGAGCUCUCUGGGGCAAGGCCAUCUACCUCGUACGCGAGCUGAUGCAGGGUGUCUCCACCGUCCUCGACACGCGGCGAGGAGAGCGGCUGCCGCCGAGCGCGGCGUCGGUGCAGCUGGGCAGGUACUGCGCCGCGUUCGGUUGGGUGCUCAAGGCGAGGCUGCGCGAGGGCGACGAGGUGGCGGACGUACUGGGCGCGGUGCUGCCCGCCGCAGAGGCGGAUUGGCUUGCCUCGCGGCGCAACGUUCCCGUCGAGCUCAUCGGCUGCAUGCGGCGCACCGUGUAUGCCGAGUACGAGCGUGGCCGCGUGCCGGCGCAUCUCGAGGACGACCUGCGCCAGCUCGACCUCGUCGUCGGCGGCUGCGAGCGCCUCCUCGCGCGCCCAUCCCCGCUCGCAGCUUUCCUCUCCUUGAAUCGCGGCUUAUCGCGCGCUAGGCGAGCUUCUACGCGCGCCCCGUUCGCAGCUUUCUCUUUUUGGAGUCGCACCCUCUCUGCUCCUUUAGGCGAGCGCCUGUUUGCGAGCCCGAUCCCGCCGACCAUGUCUCGGCACGUCGUCCGCUCACUGGCGCUCUGGCUGCUCACGCUGCCGGUGGUGCUGGUGGGGCAGCUCUCGCCGCCGUUGGUCCUCUUUUACGUCGCCGCCACGUCGUACAUCUACGUCGGCAUCGAGGAGCUCGGCGUGCAGGUCGAGCAGCCGUUCGACAUCCUGCCGAUGUUCCAGAUGGCGCACGUCAUCGCCAGCUCCGCCGAGGACGCGCUCGUGGCGCAGGCAGAGUGAGCCGACAUGAAGACAGCAGAACUGAGCUGCCGUGCUCUCUAUCUAUCUCUGUCAGCGAGGCCUGAGGUUUAGAGAGUCUUCUAGAGUCUUAGUCUCUCUGGUUUACUCGAGUAGCGUCA